ACAAACAAACACACACACACACACACACACGCACAAACACAAACACACACAGUCAGGCCAGAGUCCAGCAUUUCAAACAAACGUCCAUUGAACACCAAUGAGGUCACCACUUCUUUACAGCUCUGUACAAAUCCAGUCUGGGGAAGAAAAAUAUACACAGACAAAUGUGAUGACCGAGCUAAAGGACGUUCAUGAAAUAAGUGGAGCUUUACAGGAAAAAUAACCAUAUUAAGAAACAUUUGGAUAGUUGUAUAUGGAUUCCUGCUUCGCUUGGUGCCAGAUAAAAGCUGUGUUGUGGUUCCAGAGUUACAACACUGCACAGAGCCGGGAUUUUCUCAAACCAAAAGCUGAUUUCUAUCGACCAAUCUGCGGCUAAAGAGAGCAGCUGAGCACCGUUAAGCACUGACUAAAGCUCCCAGCAGCUUCUCUCCACGCUCACUGCAGAAAAUGUCUCGGACACGGACACCGGUCCUCCUCUGUGUUCUCACUGUGUGCAUCACAUCUCUGGUGCUGGGUACAGAUGAAGCUCAGAGUGACGAUGAGUGUGCCGACCUGAACAACUACACCUUGCUGGAGUACCGGCAGCAGAGAGGCAAGGUGCAGGUUCAGUACCUGCUGCUCACCAGGAGUAACAUGGACUGUGCAGAGCGCUUCAGACACGAGUCUCUCUCUGAAACACAGCAACCGCCGACUAACUUCAACAUCUCCCGCCCAACUAAGGUCAUCAUCCACGGCUUCAGGACUACGGGCAGUAGGCCCACCUGGGUGCGGCUCCUGGCCCGCACGCUGCUGGAGGCCCAGGAUGUGAACGUGCUGGUUGUGGACUGGGUCUACAGCGCCUCCUUCGCCUACAACCAGGUGGUGGAGAACUACAAGGAGGCGGCUCUGCAGAUCUCCGUGCUCAUCAACCAGCUGCAGGAACAUGGAUGCAAACUGCAGUCCUUCCACUUCAUCGGCAUCAGUCUGGGGGCGCACGUCGCUGGUUUUGUGGGGACCCUUUUCGAUGGGAAGAUAGGACGAAUCACAGGUCUGGACGUGGCUGGUCCUUUGUUUAAAGGCUCCGACACCUACGACCGCCUCGACCCGUCUGACGCUCUGUUCGUCGAGGCCAUCCACACCGACUCUGACUAUUUUGGGAUUUCCAUUUCUGUCGGUCAUGUGGAUUUCUUCCUGAACGGAGGGAAAGAUCAGACAGGAUGUGCUCGCUCCAGGUUCAGCUCAGUGUUUGGUUAUGUGCUGUGUGACCACAUGAGGGCGAUCUACGUCUACAUGAGCGCGCUGAACGGCUCGUGCCCGCUGGUGGGGGUCCCGUGCUCCAGUUACGAGGACUUCCAGCAGGGACGCUGCCUGACCUGUGACGCCUUCAAGGGCAAAUGUCCCACUAUAGGUUUAUCAGAAAACAGUGGGAUCUCCAUAUCUCCGUUACCCAAAGAGCAGAAGCUUUUCCUCCUCACGACUUCUUCAUCACCUUUCUGCACUCAUCAGAUCCUGCUGCAGGUGGAGGUUUCUCCUCUGUAUAAGAGCGCUGAGGUGGAGGUGACGCUGGUGACGGAGAACCAGGGGACCGAGCAGAAGCUCCCACUUCGGAAAUACACAACGGUGUACAGCGUGGUGUUGUCUCACCCCUUCGCUCUGUGUGAGAUCAACUCCAUGAAAAUAAAGAACACUGGAAAUCGCUUCUACAGGCAGGGAGAAAUCCACCUGAAAUCUGUCUGCCUCUCAGAGAUCCCCUCUCAAAGCGGAGAGGAGCCGCUGUGUGUGAACAACAUCGACAUCAGACGAGGAGCUCCGUGGUCACAUGACUUUGUGCAGGUGUGUGGCUCCUCCUGAAGAAAUUAGACCUUCUCUUGAAAUAUGCUUUUAAUAAAAAAGACUCGGUUCAUAUUGUGAAGAAGAACUGCAGCUCUGAAAUGUUAUCUGGUUAGUUACAAUAUCUAUAAUCAGGUAUUAGGAUGAUCAAGGUUUAUGAUAUAUUUUCUGACUUAAUGGUGCUUCGAGAAACUUGCCAUGGGGGAACCGUAGCGAUUUUUGGCCUUUGCAAACCCUUUACAUCAGGGGUGUCAAACUCAAGGCCCGGGGGCCAAAUCCGGCCCGUGACUUCAUUUUAUGCGGCCCCACAAGAGCUUGCAAAGAAUAUAAUAUGUUUAUUAUACGGUUACAUCCCGAUUUACAGAGGCACGUUGCCCAUAAACUACAUGUCCCACAAUGCAUCUGAAAUUAUGCCUUUUGCUUUUUUCCUUAGAAUUUGACUUUUUAUUCAAAAUGUCUCUCUUUUUUUUUAUAAAUGUCUCCAGAAUGUGGCUUUUCUUUUUAAAUCAUUUUGUGACAUGCACACUGAAGAGACUUGCAAUUAUUUGUGAAGUAUGCAAAAACAUUUUCCAGACAAUUUUAAAAGGACAAAGAGUUGAGAAAUGCCUGCCGACUAUUUCUAAACUGUUGUUUAACGGGUCAGAUCCAGACAAUGUGACGUAACAAAGUUAUAGUAUUCUCUGUAACACUGAAUAUAAGUUGUGGGAAGAAAAAAAAAACAUGAACAGUCAAAUGUAAUCACAUGAAGUCAAUGUCUUACCUUUAUUGUUGGUAAGAUGAACACUUAAUACAUCUGUUGAAUUAUCUCAGAAUACAUUUGUCAUACAUUUAAUAUGCUGGUAACGUGAAAGCCAUCCCUCUGUCCUCAGGUACAUAUAUGAAAGUGUCAUUAAGAUGUAUUAAAUGACAGCAUGUCCCUUCUUUUUUCUUUGA